AUGCCCGAGCGAAACACAGAAGGAGCGGCCGGAGCCCGAAGGAGGAGGUCUAGUAGCAUUCUCCAGGUCUACCAUGAGCCUCCUGAGACUCUGGAGCAGAUCAGUGAUCAGGCUUCUUUGCCUAAUCUCAAUGCCAACUGGACAAACGCUAAAGGUGCCUGGACCAUCCACCUUGUCCUGAUUCUCAGUGCCAAGAUCAUAUUCGAUGCCAUCCCUGGUGUCUCGCAGGAGACCUCAUGGACCCUUACCAACAUGUCCUAUAUGUUUGGCUCGUAUAUCAUGUUUCACCAUGUCCGAGGUGUUCCCUUUGACUUCAACAGUGGUGCAUUCGACAACCUCAACAUGUGGGAGCAGAUCGACAACGGGGCGCAGUAUACGCCCACCAAGAAGUUUCUGCUUAGUGUCCCGAUCGCACUUUUCCUUGUCAGCACCCACUAUACACAUUACGACUUGACUUAUUUUACUAUCAACCUGCUCGCUGUCUUGGGAGUUGUCAUCCCCAAGCUACCCUUUGUAUGUUAUGCCACUCCUCUCGCUCUUGCUCUUGCUCUUGCCAACCUGCACCAAAUACAUUCAUUUAGUCAUCGAAUGCGCUUCGGGCUAUUUUCCGGCAUCCCGGAGGAAUAG